UUAUGCAGAAACCGAGGUCGUUUAGUUGCUCCUAGCUGGCCUGGCAAUGGCACCAAGCUUUCUAAACUGGAAGUUAGAAUGAAAGUCGCAUCUUUCUAUUCUCUCUCAGCACGUAACUGGCCAACUAACUAACUGCUCAGCAACAUCCGAUCAAUGUCGCGCCACUUUCAAUUUUGCCCUAAACUUUUCCCAUCCCUCUCCUAAAUCUUCAAAAUAAAAUAAAAUAAAUCAUUUAACGGUACAGUAAAUUGUAAUAAUUUAAUCGAAAAGACCGCAUCUCGUCAACCGCCAAAAAAAAAGCCAUGCUCGGUGUUGGAGAAGAAACGCCUUCCAGGUUUGAUUUACUUAGCAUGGUUAAAAAGCACUCGAAUUUAUUGGGGAAAACGGUGGUGGAAGAGGAAGAUGCUUCCGACGUUGAAAUGGACGGUCAAUUUUGGCACGACGUCUUCGAUCUGUAUUUCGUUCGGGGAAAGGAAUCAAAACGACGCCAAGACGACGAUCUCUUAUUUUUCGUGAGAAAAUGGAGGGAACAUGGUUUUAAUGAUAAGAACGGCGUUGCUCCUUACUUUGUACGCAGGUGGGCACUUGAGUUGGAUAAGUUGGUUGGUGAGAGUUUCUCAGAGGUGGAUUGGAGGCGCUCGUUUUACUUGAACAUGAUUGCCCAUACUUCGUACUCUGUAACAGUAGCGAUUUGCAGUCAGCAAGUCCUUAGAAAUCGUCAAGUGGGGCAAGAUACACCAUUGUCUUCUAUAUACAAGAUUGUGAAGACUGUUUAUGCAUCUCCCAGCCGAGUAAAUUUUCAUUUGGACUCAAAAAAGGAAGUAGAGACAACACCUGCCUAUCCAGACAUCUGUUUCGCCAUAGAUGAUUUUGACUCCACUUUUGAUGCAGUGGUCUUGACAGAUACAGAUCUUUGCUACUGCGUGCUGCUUAAUGCACUUGAUGGCGCAGGAUUUCCUAGUGAAACAGAUACAAAUGAUAGCUGUUCCAGUAACAAAUUACCAUUGGGAGUAGAUACUAAUUCUAUGAGGACAAAAAAUUGUAAGCUAACUCUUUUUUCUGGAUUUGUCAGCUAUCAAAUGGUUCGGGAUGCAUAUGAUGAUGGGCAUUCCCGAUUUGGAAGUCUUCUGUCAGUUGGUCAUUCCUCUGGGAAAACAGACAGACUUUACAUGAAAGGUCCUGGAGGACGUGGGGAAGUUGAAGUUGCUGUUUCAGGUGUUACAGACCAAAGCAAGCAAUAUUCUGGCCCUUUUUCACCAAUUAAGUCAAAAAGGGGUUUAAGACUUGGCUCAAUGUUUCGUAAAGCAGCUUCUGUUGUAUCUUUGGCAGCAAAGCAUGCUUAUGCGGCUGCUGCAGCUACUUCAACUUCUGAUGAAGAGAUGAUACCUCUUAAAUGCUGCUUAAUGUCUAUAACAUUGCCCUGGGAACACAUUGCUCAUGAUCUUUUGUUCAAGAGAAGUCCUCCGGUGAACUUGUAAAUGUCUUGUUGCCAAAAUUUGUGAAAUAUACGAGGUAUACAAGUAUACGCAACCUGCAGAAGGGGAAAAAAGCAUUAGAGAAGUGCACAUGCAAAAGAAGUCUGAAAAUUUCCACCCUCUGGAGCAUGAACAGUGCUAAUCUAUUCCCCACAUAAAUUGGUGUGGGGUUGAGUGUUCUAAGGCUGUAUUAUGACAAUUGUACAUUAUUAAUAGUUCAUUAUGUUUCUUCAUUGUAUAAGAUUCUUAAGCAUUCCUAAUGAAUUCUAAUGUUCUACGUGUGCUUUCUA